AUGCCUACCAUUCCUCAGGCUUCCACCCAGCUCCAGUUUACCGCCCAUGAUCUUUCCCCUAUAAUUGGCACCGUCUGGCGCGCCAAGCGCUCGUAUGACGAUGCCGAGUAUGGUUCUGUUUCGAAGAAAAUACGGCCAUUAUCGUCCACUUCCUCCAGCUCAGAGUUUGUCCAGAGUUGCCAGCGCGGAGUACCUGAGGUGGUGAUCAAGCAAGCGCAUUUGCCCAAGUCGAACGUUUUUGAUUUGCUCGAUGCGGCCACUGAUAAUGACGACAUGUAUUUUCUGGGACCAGAAUCAGACACCAAAAUUGUAUUCAAUCGGCAUAAUGCCAAUCUCUCGCUUCCAAUGGUUCUUUUCUUCUUUGGCGCUGCCGAAUGCGAUUUUCAGCUGCUUCAGAUGAUGGACUCUGCGCACUUCCACGGAUACGUUCUUGGGGUAACCAGUAACUACCACGGUUCCAAUAGCUAUAGUUUCCCAAUAUUACUUGAUUCGCGUGGAAUAUUGGCAAAACGUCUCGGGGUGACCGAUCCGUUGGGCGGCGGCACGUAUCCACUAGCAUCGGUGAUGGUUUUUAACAGAGACGGACUCGAGCUGGUGAAGAUUCUUGUGAAUUACGACUACAACAAAUAUUUCGGCUCGGGGCAGAGCCUACAACAAGUGAUUGAGGAGACUUUGGAGUAUAUUAAUGUACACUAG